GAGCAGGCCCUGUAGGGAUAAGCUCAACAAAAAAAAAUCAGACAGAUCCAGAAUGACCGUUGUCGAACAAAGUCAAUUCUAACAGGUUCUAACUUCUACCAUACUUCUUCAGUCUUCCAUUCCACCCUUCAUAAACCCUCAAUUUUCCAAUCUAAGCUCUCAUAUUCUGCCCUGAUUUUUCACGAGCAAACAACAAUGGAUCAGUGUGUUUCCAAGUUCCCUAUUCUCUCCUACGUUCUUUCCCAGAUCGAUCCCAGCUCCCACCCAUCUCUCCCGCCGGAAACUCACCUGAAUCUGAUGACCCAAUUCCCCCACUUAACCAAUCCCAAGAUCCUUUCUUUGCUCUCACAAUCGAUCCCCAUCACUGUCACCCAGACCUUCUUCCUCCUCCGCUCUCUGGGUCCUCGCCCGGACCCUGCUGCGGUUUCCGCGGCCCGAUCCAAGAUUGCCCUGAUGUCGUCGCCAGAGGAGGUGGAGAUAUACAAGGCGGUGGUGAGAUUGGAGGAGAUGCACGAGGGGUAUGAGAAGCAAUUGGGUGAAGUCGAGGAGAAGUUGAGUCGGGUUUAUGGUUCGGUUGUGGAGGAGGUGGGGCGGGAGGAUGGGGAUGUGAAUGAGGAGGUUGUGGGGAUUCUGAAGGAGGCGGAGAGUCGGGUUGUGGAGAGAGUUGAACUCCCUGGGAGGCAGCUGAGGUUCUUGCCUGAGGCAUUUGGAAAGCUUCAUGGGUUGGUUUCCCUCAAUCUUUCUCACAAUGAACUAGAGGUGAUUCCUGAUUCAAUAGCUGGUCUACAGAAACUUGAGGAGCUUAAUCUUUCUUCCAAUCUCUUACAGUAUCUACCUGACUCUAUUGGAUUGUUACUUAAUUUGAGGGUCCUCAAUGUGUCAGCAAACAAGCUAAAUGCCCUGCCCGAAAGCAUUACUCGUUGCAGUUCAUUGGUUGAGUUAGACGUGAGCUUUAACAACUUGACAGUCUUGCCAGCAAACAUGGGGUACGGACUUCUAAAUCUUGAAAAGCUCUCAAUCCAGCUGAAUAAGAUCCGCUACCUGCCACCCUCAAUUUGUGAAAUGAGGUCCUUGAGAUAUCUGGAUGUUCAUUUCAAUGAGCUCUGUGGUCUGCCCCAUGCUAUUGGGAGGUUGACAAACCUUGAAGUCCUGAAUCUGAGCAGUAACUUUAGUGACCUGAAAGAGCUUCCAGAGACCCUUGGUGAUCUGAUUAAUCUCAGGGAGCUCGAUCUUAGCAACAACCAAAUUCGAGCUCUUCCAGACACAUUUGGCCGCCUUGAAAAACUAACAAAACUUAACUUGGACCAAAAUCCACUCAUCAUUCCCCCCAUUGAGAUAGCAAACAAGGGAGCUGAAGCCGUCAGGGAAUUCAUGGCAAAGAGAUGGCUUGACAUAAUAGCAGAGGAACAACAGAAGGGCAUGCUAGAAGCAAACAAUCAACAAACUCAGACUGGAUGGUGGGGAUGGGGAACCUCAUUGAUCAAUAACCUUGUUUCCGGGGUUUCUCAAGGUGUUGGAGGAUACCCGAGCGGGACAAAAGCUUCUAGGGAUCCAUAUUUGGACCAACAGUUGUGAUUUCAUGGUCAUCACCUCGUUUCUUUUUCCCUUUUCUCGUGGAAUGUUCUGUACAUAGUCCAGUAUAAUUACAGUCUUGGAUUAAGACUCUGUUUGUUUUGUUCUGUUUUGGUGACUGGAAAGGCAUAGUUUUCCUUGCAUGAACUGGAGCUUCUAUCUUUUUCUAUGGGCUUACAUGUAACAUAACAGGUAUAUUUCAUGGGUAUUAUAAGAAGUUAAUUAUAAAUAAAAGUAGGCCUGCAUUUCUACUGUUUCUUUUUUACUUAAUUUGUAUGCUCAUUGUAUAACGUGGCAUAUACACUUGUAAAGUUCGAGUAAUUGUUGUUGUGGUUGUUAUUGAUUUAGAAAAGAAAAAGAAAGACAACUAUGAAUU